AUGUCGGACUUCUUCCGUGCCUUCAACCGGAUCGUGAAAAUGAGACAGAGCGCGACGAUGGCUUACCGUCCCCAAGGGAACGGCAAGGCUGAGCGAACAGUGCAAACUCUGACACGAGCCCUGAAGAUGUACGUCGCCGACGUCAACCAACAAGACUGGGACGACCAUGCGGAGUGGCUGACCUUUGCGUUGAAAACGGUACAUGAUCGAGUGAGAGGAGAAACGUCGUUUUUCUUUGUCCACGGAUGGGACCCGCGGUCGACACUUGAAGCAGUGGUUUCGGUGGGAUCGACGCGCCGCCGCGAUUGCGAUACACGGAGAUGGAGGUACCACAUACAGGGUCAAUACCGCAGAGCCAGGGAAGCAGGCUAUGACCAGCCGACAUGGGUGGAUGAAGCCGACCUCAAUUGCGCCGCUCUGUUGUACGAGUAUGAGCGCGGACGUACCAGCCGCAACCCCUUCAACGUGAUGCAAUCACACGAAGAGGGGGUGAACGUUGAGUAA